CAGGAAGAUCACACCAUCCCCCACCAUCAUCAGGGUGAAGAACUGAUUAAUAUGAAAGUUGAGAUUAAAGAGGAAGAAGAAGAUGAGGGAUCUGUAAGAGGUGAUCGCCAGUCUACAGAAGACUUUAUAAUAAUGGUAGCAAUUAAAGAGGAGGAAUCUUCUCUAGACAUCGGCACAGGUGGACACAAUGUGACUCCCCCAGAGGGACCUCAAAUGUUCUCUUUGGACUAUAAUGGAGAAGACAACGCCAUUGCAGAUAUUUCUCCAGAAGCAAAGCCCGAUACUCAAGAAUUCCAUCACAGGCCUUACUAUGUGGAUCGAUCAAUGGAUUCCUCUAAACCUGAAGAUUCUCUUCCCAAUAAAGUCCAUCCUACCAUUGCGGAGAGAUCCUUGGAUCCAUCUAACCUUCAGAGAUCGCCUUCCAGAGAUUUCGAUACUACUUCACACAAAGACGGAAAAACAAGCCUGUGUUCUGAAGUCACCGAAGGUUCGGAAUCAAAAUCGUCUUCUGCUGUAGGCAAAAGAAAAAACACUAAGCGUCCAUUUCCAUGUUCAGAGUGCGGGAAACGUUUCCCAUGGAAAGCAGACCUUCUUAGGCACCACAGAAGUCACACGGGCGAGCGCCCUUUUUUAUGUUCGCAGUGUGCGAAAUGUUUCAAACACAAAGGAGACCUUCUCAGGCACCUGAGAUGUCACACCAGCGAGCGUCCUUUUUCAUGUACAGAGUGUGGGAAAGGUUUCAACCAGGAAGACCACCUCUUUCUACAUCAGAAAACUCACACGGACGGGUGCCCUUUUUUAUGUUUGCAGUGCGCUAAAUGUUUCAAACACAAAGCAGACCUCCUCGUUCACCAGAGAUGUCACACUGAUGGUAGUCCUUUUUCAUGUACGGAGUGUGGGAAAUGUUUUACUCAGGAAGACGACCUUCUUCUUCAUCAGAAAACUCACACGGCUGGGAGCUCUUUCUCCUGUCUAGAGUGCGGGAAGUGUUUCACUCGGAAAAACUACCUUCUUUUACAUCAGAAAACUCACACCGGUGGGAGCUCUUUUUCCUGUCUAGAGUGCGGGAAAUGUUUCACUCAGAAGGCCGACCUUCUUCUACAUCAAAAAACUCACACAGGUAGGAGUCCUUUUAGCUGUCUAGAGUGCGGGAAAUGUUUCACUCGGAAGACGGCACUCCGUAUACAUCAGAGAAGUCACACGGGCGAGCGUCCUUUUCAGUGUCCAGAGUGCGGAAAAAGUUUCACUUGCAGGGCAGGACUCUUUAGACACCAGAUGAGUCACAAAGGUGAGCGUUCUUUAUCUUCGGAGUGUGGGAAAGGUGUCAUACAGAAAGCAGACCUUCCUACCCAUCAAAGAAGACCUACCCGUGAGGGUACUUUUGUAUGCUCAGAGUGCGAGAAAUGUUUUAUCACGAAGGAAGACCUCCUUGCUCACCAGAAAAGUCACAAGGAUGAGCGUCCUUUUUCAUGUUCACAGUGCGGGAAAGGCUUCAAACAAAAAGCAGAUCUUCUUCGGCACUACAAAUGUCACACUAGCGAGCGCCCUUUUUCAUGUUCAGAGUGCGGGAAAUGUUUUAAACACAAAGCAGACCUUCUUAGGCACCAGAGGUGCCACACCGGCGAGCGUCCUUUUUCGUGUUCGGAGUGCAAGAAAAGAUUCAGCCGGAAAGACGACCUUCUUGCUCAUCAGAGAAUUCACACGGGCGAGCGCACUUUUGCCUGUCUAGAGUGCGGGAAAUGUUUCACUUGGAAGCGAUCGCUCCGUACACACCAGAGGAUUCACACGGGCGAGCGUCCUUUUUCAUGUUUAGAAUGCGGGAAAAGUUUCUCUCAGAAAGGAAACCUUUACAUGCACCAGAAAACCCACACUGGCGAGCGACCUUUUCCCUGUCCGGAGUGCGGGAAAUGUUUCACUUGGAAGAGGGCGCUGCGUAUACACCAGAGAAGUCACACGGGAGAACGUCCUUUUUCAUGCUUGGACUGUGGGAAAUGUUUCACUCAGAAAGGACACCUUUGUUCACACCAGAAAAGUCACACUGGCGAGCGCCCUUCUUCCUGUCCGGAGUGCGGGAAAUGUUUUGCACUGAAAUCCAGUCUAAUUACACAUCAGAAAACCCAUGUCUGCUGAUGCCAAUAAAAGAUGUACGGUGCAUAAUCA